AUGAAAGGGCAGCGGCGGAACGCUGCCACGUAUCGCGCUCACCCACGCCCACACGGCAGCCGCCGACACGGCACCCAGACCCCGCCGUUCCUAUCACGGCGCGACCACGGCCCCCUGACCCACCCACUCCCGGUCACCAGCGGCGCGGCCGCGAUGCGGGGCGGGCGCGACGUGGCCUCACCUGAACGGAGUGCGGCGUCUGAGGGGGCGCUGAGGGGACAGGGCGGCGGGAGUGCACCCCGCGCGCUGCCAGUGGCACUCCUUCAGACACACGGGCUGUGCCGCAAGUCACCGUCGUUGUCGCCGGCGCCCGCCCCAGCCCCCCGGCAGCGUGCCAAGCGUCGAGCGCAGGCGCCGGUGCUCUCCCCAGCAGCUUCCGCAGCAGGCUCGGCUUCCCCAGGGAUCGUCCCGGUCAAGACCACCCUCGGCUGGGACAGUGGGAAAGAGGGGUAUGGGGCAGAGAUGUCAGAAGCCACGAGGCAAAGCCUGCACGUGUUGGUCAUGGCUGCUGUUUUUCGAGCAGCACACAGAAGAGCUUCCUCUCUUGUCUGCAGGUUACACUCCACCUAUGUUAGAAAAAUGAGAUACCUAAAUGAGCUAAAGGAAAACGACAGCCUUUGUAGACAAGCCCAGACCUUGGGAACUUUUUACCUCUUUCAUAAUCUCUCCCCCUUCCUGCAGGAAGUUGAGAAGAAAUACUUGGUACCACAGGUCAGUGCAGCAGAAAUGAGAAGGAUGCUGGAGAAACUCAAAGAGACUGAGCAGUGGAUAGAGAAGUCGGUGCUGAUCGGCUGUUCAGAUGAGCACGUACCGCAGUUUGCCCUGGAUUUAGGAGCCUUGGAGAAAUCGCUCAUCGAGUCUGAACUCCGGGGCUCGUUCACCGACUUACGCAAGGCUCUCUUCGUCGUGGAUGGGAAGGAUUCUCCUUUGCUGGCCUCGGCCCAGUCCCUUCUCCGGUGGCACGACUCCCACCAGUACUGCAGCAAAACUGGGCAGCCCACGCAGAAGAACGUAGCUGGCAGCAAGCGUGUCUGCCAUGGCAGCAGAAUGACCUACUACCCACAGAUGUCUCCAGUGGUUAUCACCCUGGUGUCUGACGGGAGCCGGUGCCUCCUUGCACGCCAGCCUUCAUUUCCCCAGGGGAUGUACAGUGCUCUGUCAGGCUUCUGUGACAUGGGUGAAAACCUGGAGGAGACAGUCCGGAGAGAGGUGGCAGAAGAGGUCGGCCUGGAGGUGGAGUCUCUCUGGUACUCAGCUUCUCAGCACUGGCCAUUCCCCAGCAGCAGCUUAAUGAUAGCUUGUCAUGCCUUGGUGAGAGCUCAGCAGGCUGAGAUCAGUGUGGACAGCCUGGAACUAGAGGAGGCCCGUUGGUUUGGCCUGGAGGAAAUUGUGGAGGGUCUCAAGAGAGAGCCCAGAUCUUCAAAGCAAGAUGAUGGUAGUGUUUUACCCUGGUUCCCUCCCAAGCAGGCCAUUGCUCACCAGCUGAUUCAGGAGUGGGUAAAGCAGCAGAUGUCCCAGCCAGCUUAGGCAUGACUUCAUCAAGACUGAGAUUCUGCCAGAACUACGAAAGCUUGAGACAAAAGCUUCCAAAGUUACUGAAGGCAAAGUCUGUGGUACAGUGAGGACAGCACCAGACUGAUGGCAGUCUUAGGUACACAGACCCACAAAACCACUUCUAAACAUCCCCAGGCAACUCCAGACACAGUGGAUCACCUUUGAGAUCCCAAGACUUGCAGUUCAUGUACAAUGAAAUGCUUAGUUCCAAAGCAUCAAACUGUCACCAGC